CUCCGCGUCGCCGUCUGGCCGGGACGGUUCCCAGAGGUUCCCAGGGGAGGAGGAGGAAGGAAAUCAGUUGCCGAGCUGCGUUCCGACGGUGCGGUCAGGUUGUGCGCUGCGUGCUGCGCUCAGUGUCCGUGGCUUCGAGUUGUCGAGUCGGGCAGCGGCACGCCCUCCACCUCGUACUCAUGGAUGAGUAGUGCAGUGCCAGUGGUUGUGCCCCAGUGACGUGUGUGCUCUGUGCCUCCGAGUGACGAGUGACGUGCUAGUGACGUGUCAGUGACGUUCGGCGCCCAGGAUACUUCCCUUCACACGCAUGACGGCGGGCGAGAUGCUCAUGAUGGCUUCGCUGAGGGAUCCAUACGCGGCGGCGGCGGCGGGCGUGGGCAUGCUGGCCGCGAGUCAGCUGGCCCAGCUCAACCAGCUCAUGAUGCAGCAGCAACAGCAGCAGCACGCCCAGCAGCUGCAGAUGCAGCAGUCUCCACUCAGCCCCUCACAGCCCACCUCCUCCAUGCACAUGGGCGGCCCGGCCAUGGGCACCCCCCUGGGCACCCCCCUGGGCAUGGGCUCGCCUCCCGAGUGCCAGUCGCCGCCCAUCUCCAGGACCUACACGUACAAGAAGGUCACCAAGCCCCUGCUGGAGCGCAAACGGCGCGCCCGCAUCAACCGCUGCCUGGACGAGCUCAAGGAACUCAUGGUCGGCGCGCUGGAGGCCGAAGGCGAGAACGUGAGCAAGCUGGAGAAGGCCGACAUCCUGGAGCUGACAGUCCGCCACCUACAGCGCAUCACCAAGCCGCGCGACGCCGCCGAGGACGCCAGCCGAUUCCAGGCGGGCUUCAGCCAGUGUGCCAGCGAGGCGUGCCACUUCUUGUUGGGGCUGCCCGGCCUGGACGAGGCCGUGGGCCGGCGCCUCGUGGCGCACCUCGGCCAGGUCGUGACCCAAUUGCAAUAUCAGUUUCGUUGGCCUGCUGUUCCAACAUUGGCAUUGUUACUUAUAGAACUAUCUCAAAUUUGGUUCCAUUUUCUAUUGUAUGACCAAAAUUGCUAA